AUGGGUAAAGACGACGAGCCUAGAACCUACCGUUACAAUGAGACUCCGGUCUACACGGCCUCCAAUGGCUGUCCGGUUAUGGACCCCGAAUCCUCCCAGCGGGUUGGUCCCAAUGGACCUCUCUUGCUCCAGGACUUUCACUUGAUCGAUCUGCUGUCGCACUUUGACCGUGAGAGAAUCCCCGAGCGUGUUGUCCACGCCAAGGGUGCUGGUGCGUAUGGCGAGUUCGAGGUCACCGAUGACAUUAGCGACAUUACUACCGUAGACAUGCUUAAGGGUAUCGGCAAGAAGACCAAGCUCUUCACUCGUUUCUCCACCGUUGGUGGUGAGAAAGGCUCCCCCGACAGUGCUCGUGACCCCCGUGGAUUCGCCAUCAAGUUCUACACUGAGGAGGGUAACUGGGACUGGGUCUUCAACAACACCCCCGUCUUCUUUCUCCGUGACCCCGCCAAGUUCCCUAUCUUCAUCCACACCCAGAAGCGCAACCCCCAGACCAACCUCAAGGAUGCCACCAUGUUCUGGGACUACCUCUCCACCCACCAGGAGGCUGUCCACCAGGUCAUGCACCUCUUCAGUGACCGCGGUACCCCCUACUCUUACCGCCACAUGAACGGCUACUCUGGCCACACCUACAAGUGGGUGAAGCCCGACGGUACCUUCAACUACGUUCAGAUCCACUGCAAGACCGACCAGGGCAACAAGACCUUCACCAACGACGAGGCUACCAAGUUGGCCGCCGAGAACCCCGACUGGCACACCCAGGAUCUCUUCAACGCCAUCCAGCGCGGAGAGAACCCCUCGUGGACCUGCUACGUCCAGACCCUGAGCCCCGAGCAAGCCGAGAAGUUCCGCUGGAACGUCUUUGACCUUACCAAGGUCUGGCCGCAGUCCCAGGUGCCCCUCCGCCGCUUCGGAAAGUUCACUCUCAACAAGAACCCCGAGAACUACUUCGCAGAGGUCGAGCAGGCCGCCUUCUCCCCCUCCCACAUGGUCCCCGGCGUUGAGCCCUCCGCCGACCCCGUCCUCCAGUCCCGCCUCUUCUCCUACCCCGACACCCACCGCCACCGCCUCGGCGGCAACUACGAGCAGAUCCCCGUCAACUGCCCCAUGCGCGCCUUCAGCCCAUGGCACCGCGACGGCGCCAUGAACGUCCACGGCAACUACGGCGCAAACCCCAACUACCCCUCCACCUUCCGCCCCCUCCAGUACAAGCCCGUCAAGGCCUCCCAGGAGCACGAGAAGUGGUCCGGUGCCGUCAUCGCCGAGCAAUACCCCGUCACCGACGAGGACUACGUCCAAGCCAACGGCCUCUGGCAGGUCCUCGGCCGCACCCCCGGCCAGCAGGAGAACUUCGUCAGCAACAUCUCCGGUCAUCUCUGCGGUGCUCACGAGCGCGUUCGCAAGCAGACCUACGGUAUGUUCCGUCGCGUGAACCCCGACUUGGGUGCUCGCAUUGAAAAAGCCACCGAGGCCAACGUCACCAACACUCGUUCGCGUCUGUAA